UUGAUCAAACUCGAUCAUGGGGAAUAUCUUCUUCUGCUGCCUCGGAGUUUGUGGAAGAAGAAGACGGAGGAGCAAUGUUCUUGCGACGGAAGCAACUCCUCUUCAACCACCCGAAGUCGCAGCGGCGUCGUAUCAAAGCCUCUGCCUUGAUUCCAACCUUUACACUGCGGGCGACUGUUCUUCUCCGACAGGAGCUAUGUCGGAGCCGUACGAUCACCAACCUCAUCCUUACACUUCCGUAGAGCACAAGAAAGCCGACACGAUUCGCAACGACACUAAUCUGAGGAAGGAGACUUUGAGCCUCGAACCGGACCGGGUUAACCCGGGACGUCUUCUCGUCGCGUUCACAUUUGACGCAGCUGUCUCCGGAAGGAUCACAAUCGUUUUCUUUGCCAAAGAAGAAGCAGAGUUCCAACUCACAGCGACAAAGGAAGAUACUUUGGCGCCAAUAAUCACAUUUGAAUUUGAGAAAGGACUUGGUCAGAAGUUCAUACAACCAUCUGGAACUGGUGUGGACUUAUCUGUCUUUGAAGAUUCCGAGCUCUUCAAGGAGCCGAAUACAUAUAUUUUUCCGUUGGCGAUUAAGAUGGAGGAGGCUGUUGACUCUGGAUCCAAGCAGAUUACUCUAGUGACGUAUGUGAAUGAGAAAGGUGAGAUUAAGCCAAGUGUGAUCAAGCAGCUUUUAUGGGUGGAUGGGACCAGGUUUGAGUUGCUGGAUAUUUAUGGGAUUGGGGACACUGUUGUUGGUGGUUGUAAUGAGGAUGCAAGGGACUGUGUUAUAUGCUUGUCUGAGCCACGUGAUACGACUCUUCUUCCUUGCAGACACAUGUGUAUGUGUGAUGGAUGCGCUAAGGAGGUAAGGUUUCAGAGGAAUUUGUUGUGUCCAGUGUGCAGACAGCCUGUAGAGAGGCUUUUGAAGAUUCAGCUAAACGAGUAACAGCAAUUGAGAUGGAGAUGAACAAAUUUUAGUUAAACCAAAUGGACUUUUGUGUUUUGUAAUAAUUAUGCAACAUUAUAUAACCAUAUUCAUCAGAUCCUUCAAUAAUACAUAUUACCUCUUUUAGGACAUGCUUUAAACAUGUCGAACAUUAAUUGUCACCAUCAAGGAAUAAGUUGUGAUGAUGAUUCUGACUUUGGUUUGUUUAUCUAUCUCUUUCUUUAACUCUGUUUUUUUCUCUUGUUUUUGCACAAGCAAGAGUACUUUAACUAACAUUUUUUUCUUCAUUCAUUCUACCUUGCAUUUUACAAAGAUUACAGUUAGCCUUUAUUAGAGAGAAAAAACAGAGUUAGAGAUAAAGAGAAACAAGCCAAGUCAGAAUCACACAAACAUCUUUUUCAUUCAUUCUUCCUUAUAUAUCUUACAAACGAUUACACUUACCCUUUAUACCAGUAAACUUCUUACUCUAAUCAAUCAUGCUUCCUUGUUCACUUACAAAACGAUUACACUUAGCCUUUAUACCAGACUUCUUUCUCACUCUAAUCAUGCUUCCUUGUUCUCAGAUAUAUAUGAAAGCUUUCCAAGGUUGUACAAAGCUCGGCUAACAGCACAUUCCAGACUACUUUUCCCUAGAAAAGUACAAACAAACUUUUAAAAGAUCUGAAGUAAUCAAGUAGGAACUUAAGAGAGGGAGAUCCUAUCUAAGAUAAUUUUCAAAACUUAACAGUGACAACAAUCUGCUUUUGCAUCAAUACAUUUUAACAUCAGCAAAGUAAAAACCAAAUCACAGAUGAAUCAUACCGGGCUGCCCUUUUUCCAUUUCCUCUAAUAUCUAGUAUCAGGUUCCUCAGGAUAUAUAUAUGUCUUUCUUUUUCUAACCAAUCCUAAAACAGAAAUCUUAUUAUCUAAAUUACACAUCACAACACAUCAUUAGACUAUAUUGGCCAUGAUGACAUCGAAUGAAUUCCUAAUUCCAGUGCCAUACAAUCAUUGAUAAACUAUAACGCACAUCCUAACCAAUCCUAAAAGAGAUAUCUUAUUAUCUAAAUCACACAACCUUAGACUAUAUUGGCCACGAUGAGCAUCGAAUGAAAUCCUAAUUCCAGUGCCACACAAUGAACACAUACCUACCUUGUAUGAAAUUGAGAAGAUAAGGUCGCCAGCAUCUUCUUUAAAACCCAUAUCCAGAUAAGCCUUCAACGUCAACUUCCAUAACACAGCAGCCUCCCUGAUUCCU